GGAGUUGAGAUUCCUCACACUCACUUUGAAAAGGUUUCUGUCCAAAAGAAGGCUGACCAAGAGAGUCCAUGGCAGAGCUGACUAUGAACAGAUUAGCGCUCCUAUUUUCCUGCUUAUAUGCAGCAGCCUCACUAAUUGAUGGGAAGCCCAGCCAUAGAACAGAGAAACCCAGGAGCUCCAAACCCGUGGUAGCAGCUGACUUACCUGAACCGGAUAAUACUGAUGAUGCUCUCAUCCCUGGUGGCAGCGGGCAGUGCUCGGUGAAUGGGAUGUUCCUGUUUGACAGGGCCAUGUGGUCGCCUCAGCCCUGCUCCGUGUGCCAGUGUCAAAGGGGAACUGUCAGCUGUCACCCUGUCCCCUGCGGCGGUUCAAAUAACCAGCAGACAGUGGCUCCCAAAGCCAAGAAACCCUCCCCUAAUGCAGAGAAGAAAGAGGGGAUUCCAAAGCAGAAGAAGAGUCUCCAAAGGACAUCCGAAGAAGGAGGAGCAGGACGUCAGAAGAAGGAGGAGCGGCAUGUUACUCCAGCGAAAGUGGUUGCUGUUGUGAAAUCCGUGGCCACCCAGAACAAAAAGCAAGAAGUAGCAGUGAAGAAACAGGAAAUGGCUGUGAAAACAAAAGUCAAGAAGACCGAGGUCAGAGUGGCCAAGAGGCGUGACCCGAGGAUAAACAAAGACAGCCUUCCGUACCUUCCCUACGAUGAUGACGAUCACGAUGACCAUGACCACAGCGAGCAUGACGAUAAUGACGACGAUGACGAUUAUAUCAUCAGGGCCACCGGAAAACCCAGCAUGAGGUUGGCACCAAUGGGGAGACCAGUCACCAUGGCGACUGGCCGACUGGCUACUACCACCACUAGGAGACCCAUGGCGAGGUGGCCGGGACGUGCUGUGGUCACAUUCCCCAGGAGACACAGCAUCAUGGAGUCUCUCCCUGCUGGCUGCCUGCUCUCGGAGUCUCUGAUCGCCUGUGGCAGCACUGGCAUGGUCCACAUCCCCAUCCUCUCAGACCAGGGGGUCAAGACCCUCUAUCUGGCAGACAAUAAGAUCAAUAAGAUCCCUCCCCGGGCGCUGGCUGGGCUGCCCAACCUGGAGUGGCUGGACCUGAGCAAGAACAAGCUGGACGACUCCUCCAUCAGCCCUGACCUGUUCCAGAACCUGACCCAGCUGAGGAGGCUGAAUUUAGAUGGCAACAAUCUGACCAAAGUCCCCUCGAUUCUACCGCCGUCCCUGGUGGAGCUUAAGAUCAAUGACAACAAGAUCCUGGGCCUCACACCUAGCAGCUUUAAAGGUUUGUCCAAAUUGCUGACACUGGAGCUUGAGGACAACCACUUCCACGAUGGGAAUGUGUCACCUUUGACCUUCCGGCCCCUCAAGAAACUCAUCUAUCUGCGACUGGAGGACAACAAGUUCCGGGCUAUCCCCUCUGGGCUUCCUGUGACCCUGCAGGCACUUCACCUGUCGAAUAACAGAAUAGAAGAGGUGCAUGAGGGGAUCCUCAACAAGACUGUCAACCUCAGGUUUCUGGAUCUCAGUCAUAAUAGGAUCCGGGAGGACCGCAUAGCUCCAAGGGCCUGGAUACACCUGUUAAAGUUGGAGUCGUUGGACCUGUCGCACAAUAAGCUGGUGCAUGUUCCCUCCUUCCUCCCUGUGGGCCUACAGCAGCUCCACCUGCACCACAACCAGAUCGAGCGGAUCCCUGGCUACGUGUUUGGCCACAUUAAACCGGGACUGGAACUUCUUCACCUGUCCCACAACAGGCUGGCCAACGACGGUAUUGAUGAUGUGUCCUUCCUGGGCCUGUACAACUCGCUGACUGAACUCCUGCUGGACCACAACCAGCUUCACUCCAUCCCUAGGGGGCUACUGAAGCUCAAGAGCUUGCACCUCCUCCGCCUCAACCACAACGUUAUCAGAUACGUUCCUUUGAACUCUCUGUGUGACAUGCGCCUGAGUGACGACUCGCCCCUAGUCUCCGUUCACCUGCAGUACAACCUGAUUGACCGGCGCCUCAUCCCGCCCACCGCCCUCUCCUGCAUCAAGACCUACCACAGCAUCAUACUACGGCCCCAGAGUUACGAGGAAGAUUACUACGAUGAAGAUUACUAGUACCCCCCCCUUCCUCACCUCCCUCCUUCCUUUUCACCCAUUUCUCCAACCCCCCGUCAGUUUGUCCUGGGUUACACCUUGUCUGUGUUUCUCAUUACAUAAUAUCCUCUGAGUCCGUCUCUGAUUGUGAUUAGCUUAGUCAGACUUAUGAUACCCAAGCGUUAUGCAACAGAUGAAAUUAGACUUCUAUCCUAAGUCUGACCAUAAUUCUAGGGCAAUGUUUAUGCAACCAGCCCUUUGUCAGUGGGCUUCAUUAUCACAAUGAAUGAGAACGAUUGUGUGUGUUUUUACUGUUUUAAAGCUUCACUCUGUAAAGCAGUUUUAGGUUUUACUUGUGACUUUGAUCUUGCUUGAUAUAGUAGCAUGUAUUGAAAGAAAAAUAAUAUGUGGUUACCAAGGGAAACCCAGGUAGCUACUUGACUGUAGUGAGAGCCAAAGAUGUCCAGGUGCCCUCUAUACUAAACUCACUGUUUUGAUGUUUGUACAACUGUUUCAACUUUGACAAACUUGUGUAACGAAAAAUUGUGAAAAUAAAAAAAUCUUAGAUAA